GUGUCAAACCGUGGUAUUGCAAUAAAAUGCUCACCCCAUGCCUGGAAGUUUUGGCUGGUCUUGUGUGUCAACAAUGUAGCCGACGUUAGCCUGCUAAACUUACCAAGGAGCACACUUGGUGGAUUAGGAUGUUAAGACUAGCAUGGCGUCAGUCGACGUCCAGGAAUAGCCGUGUGGAGCCUGCACGCCUGUUGACUGCGGCUUUUUUGGCAGCGGACAGUCGCCAUCACAACUCAGGGGGUGACAUUAGGUGUUUCAGACGACCUCCCCACCCACCAACACACAGGUCACAGCUCCUCCACCAUCACCAGCCGGCCUACUACCUCAGUUCAUCUGUCUUCAUGAGCAUGGCAUCAGGGGAUGGAGGGCCAUCAUCCUCCCCUCAUAAACACACCAACAGGUUAGCCAAUGAGAGGUCGCCCUACCUGCUACAGCACGCGCACAACCCCGUUGACUGGUAUCCGUGGGGAAAAGAGGCUUUUGACAAAGCAAAGAGUGAAGACAAACCGAUCUUUUUAUCAGUGGGCUAUUCAACAUGCCAUUGGUGCCAUGUUAUGGAGAGGGAGUCUUUCGAGGAUGAGGAAAUUGGCAAGAUCCUCAGUGACAACUUUGUCUGCAUCAAGUUAGACCGAGAAGAGAGACCCGAUGUGGAUAAGGUCUACAUGACCUUUGUACAGGCAACAAGUGGAGGUGGAGGUUGGCCCAUGAGUGUGUGGUUGACCCCUGACCUUCGACCUUUCAUUGGAGGCACCUACUUCCCUCCUAGAGACCAUGGAAGAAGACCUGGGCUCAUAACAGUUCUCACUAGGAUCGUGGAACAGUGGCAGAAUAACCGUCCUGCCUUGGAGUCCAAUGGCGAGAGGAUCGUUGAAGCUCUAAAGAAAGGCACGGCCGUCUCUGCAAACCAAGGAGAGAGUCCUCCCCUGGCUCCAGACAUUGCUAAUCGCUGCUUCCAGCAGCUGGCACAUUCCUACGAGGAAGAGUAUGGUGGCUUCAGAGAUGCUCCCAAGUUCCCGACGCCAGUGAAUCUGAUGUUCCUCAUGUCCUACUGGUGUGUGAAUCGCUCCACCUCAGAAGGAAUUGAGGCUCUUCAGAUGGCGCUGCACACGCUCCGAAUGAUGGCGCUGGGAGGCAUCCACGACCAUGUGGCACAGGGUUUCCAUCGUUACUCUACGGAUUCCUCCUGGCAUGUACCCCACUUUGAGAAGAUGCUGUAUGACCAGGCUCAGCUGGCUGUAGCCUAUAUAACUGCGUCCCAGGUAUCAGGUGAGCAGCUCUUUGCAGCUGUGGCUAAGGACAUACUGCUUUACGUCUCCAGAGACCUGAGUGACAAGUCUGGGGGCUUUUACAGUGCAGAAGAUGCAGACUCUGUCCCUGCAUCGGGAGGACCCGAAAAGCGUGAAGGCGCUUUCUGUGUCUGGACAGCCUCGGAAGUCCGGGAGCUGUUGCCAGAUGUGGUGGAGGGUGCCAGUGGAUCUGUCAUACUGGCAGACAUCUUCAUACACCACUAUGGGGUGAAGAUGCAGGGCAAUGUCAAUCCAGAACAGGACCCCCACGGGGAACUGCAGGGGCAGAAUGUGCUGAUCGUGCGUUAUUCAGUGGAGUUAACGGCUGCUCACUUUGGCAUCAGUGUUGAGAAAGUCAACGAGCUCCUGGCUGCCGCCAGAGCCAGAAUGGCAGAAGUGAGGAAGAGUCGGCCGCGGCCACACCUAGACUCCAAGAUGUUGGCCUCCUGGAAUGGUCUGAUGCUGUCAGCCUAUGCUCGUGUUGGAGCUGUGCUGGGGGACAAGGACCUGCUGGAGAGGGCGGUGCAGGCUGCCAACUUCAUGAAGAAGCAUCUGUGGGAUGCUGAGCAGAAGAUCAUCCUUCGAUCCUGUUACCGGGGAGACAACAUGGAGGUGCAACAGAUAUAUCCGCCUAUCUCCGGCUUCCUGGACGACUAUGCCUUUGUUAUUUGUGGCUUGCUGGACCUUUACGAGGCCACGCUGCAGACGGGGUGGUUACAGUGGGCCGAGGAGCUACAGCUCAGGCAGGACGAGUUGUUCCUGGAUGACCAGGGCGGAGGAUACUUCUGCAGCGACCCCAGUGAUGACACUGUGCUGCUGCAGCUAAAAGAGGAUCAGGACGGCGCUGAACCCAGCGCAAACUCUGUGUCGGCGUCCAAUCUCCUGCGCCUGUCCCACUACACUGGAAGACAGGAGUGGCUCCUGACGUCCCAACGGCUGCUGGCGGCCUUCUCCGACCGUCUCACCAAGGUCCCCAUAGCACUGCCUGAAAUGGUCCGGGCUCUCAUGGCCCAGCACUACACGCUGAAACAGAUCGUGAUCUGUGGCCAGAAGGAUGCCCCGGACACCGCAAGUCUUCUAGCAGCAGUCAACUCCCUCUAUCUACCACAUAAGGUCUUGAUGCACAUUGACGACGAUUCAGACAGUUUCCUGUGCCAGCGUCUGCCAGCCCUCUCCUCCAUGACCCAGCAGGGCGGUGUCGCCACAGCCUACGUGUGCCAAGACUUUACCUGUUCACUUCCUGUCACUGACCCUCAGGAACUGCGCAGGCUCCUGCUGGACGGGACCACGGACGCGCAGGCGGACUGACGAUCAGAGAACUGACCGAAGGCUGUGCUCUUCACAGACUGCACUCUUCCGAUCUGUAGCCCUAGUCUAGCUUAAUUCUGCUGUUUUUUUAGGCUAGUGACUUUUGGCUCCGCCAUAAAAAGAAUGCCAGAAUGCUUUAAAGCUCAGUUAAGCUACAUUGGUAGGAAUAGUUCCAGUACUACGAGCUAACUGUGGCUUCUUUCCUUCAGGAUGUGUAACUCCAGCAUUUCUUCAUUAGCAAGACCAGCAAAGUAUUACCUCGAAUAUCCACUAAAGUUUGUUUAGCAGGCUGUUAAGAGACAUCUAAUCAGCGGAGCCAUAUUGAAAAUUCAGGUGUAUAAACCAUGUUCUAGAAAUAUGCACAGCAGCAGCGGCAGCCUACUGAAAAAUAUGCAGCACUUGUACAAAAUGUCCCGGCUUGACUGUUAGCAUAGAAGUAAACGAAAGACUAUAACCUGAGACCGCUGGGAGGAAUUGGACCGAGAAUAUUGCGCAAAUGAACGAAUCUGCCCUGUUAUCCUCUCUGAGCCCUGUGUUCCAGCUCCCACAUUCAUGUCACAUGGAUCUGACAGUGAAAGCCUGCAUGCCUGUGUGCACGUUUUAAGUGUAUAAAAAAAAAGGUUGGUUGCAGGUUCUACUCCUGUAAAUUUUGUAAAGGUUUUAUCGCACGUGGUAUUUGAUUUCAUUUGUCAUAACAUCAAAUUGGACAAAGCCAAUCACGAGGUCCCUCUGUUUACCAUCUGCCCUCGCCCUCAUUCAUGUGUCUGUUAUCUGGGAUUCAAUGUGAGAGGAUUCUUCUCCACUGCUGCAGACUCCUGUCCUCUCGGCUGCUAUUCUGAGGUUUAGACGACACAAAGCAUGUAUACGCACAAGUCUGAAUAAUAAAGAUAUUUCCCUUAAGCA